ACCAAAUCCAGCCCGGACCCAAAGAAGAAGAAGAAGACGGUGGCCCCAUGGACGAGAGCCCGCCACCGAGCGUCACGUCGCCGACGUCCCUCGACGACUUCCGGCGGUCGUCCGUCGGGCCCAUGCCCCGGCGAGAGACCGAGCCAUUGGGCUACCAGCGGGCUGCGUCCCUCAAGUUCCUCCAGCGGGGCGCCAGCGGCCAUGCGAGCAUGAGCAUGGGCCCGAACGACAUCCCGUCGCAUGCAGGCAGCGUUGCUGGCGCGCCCAUGUCAGCGCCGAGCCUUUCCAAGCCAGGCUCUCGGCGCAGCUUUGCGUUCUUUGGCUCCAAGGACCGCCCGCCCUCGAGCACGGGCGCGCAAUCCUCGUUCCUCGGUGGGCAACCGCCGUUUAUGAGCAACAAAACCGGCUCGGGCUUGAGCGACUCGUCAAUGCCAGAGCAGUCGCCGGCGUCCACGGGCUCGCAAGUGUCGACGAUGCAGUCGCAGUCAAUGGCACCGUCCGAUAGCCCAGCGAACGCGAUCUUGCACAGCGGGUACCUGACGAAGCGUGGCCACGUCAUUACAAACUGGAAGACGCGCUUUUUCGCGCUGCGCUCGCAAGGGCGCCUCAGCUACUACAACGACGAGGGCAUGGGCAAGAAGUUAGGCGAGGUCCACGUGUCCAAAGUGAGUCCAUGGAGCGGCGAAACCAAUGGCUUCAUGUUCCAGACGACCAAGCAAAUUUCGUACUACGUGUACGCGAGCUCCAACACGGAGCGCGCGCGCUGGCUCCAGGCGCUCGACGACUUUUACAUUGUGCCCGACCCGUCGACUGCGAAGGGUACCUCACCAAGCGCGGCCACCUCGUGCCGAGCUACCGCUUGCGCUACUUUGUCAUGUGCGGCAGCGUCGUCAAGUAUUACAGCGACGAGACCGCGUACCGCACGGGCGCGUCGGCGUUGGCCGAGAUUGAAGUCAAGAGCGGCGGUCGCUGGGACGGCGAGAGCACGGGUCUCUUCUUCAAGACCGCAACCAACAGCACCAUGUUUGUCUGCGCCGAGAACGUGGCCGACUUGCAAAAGUGGAUCGAGGCGCUCGGCCGCAUCUUCAACGAGCCCAUCAAGCCCGCACCGGUCGCGUGCGCCGGCUGGCUCACCAAGCAAGGCCACAAGCGCAAGAGCUGGAAGAAGCGGUACUUUGUGCUCCGGGGCACCGUGCUCUCGUACUACGCGGACUUUGAGGCUGCCAACACGCGCGCCGGGAAGGCCCUUAGCGACGUAUCGCUCAAGGACGUCGGUCCCUGGGACGGCGAAGCGUGUGGUUUUAUGUUUACGACACUCGAGAACGUUCCGUACUACGUCUUCGCCGACAACGAGCGCGACCAGGCCAAGUGGAUGAGUGCGCUCAAGAAGGCGGUUGGCGCCGACACGCUGGCCAUCGAGACGAUCGACGAGCCGGAGAAAAAGUGCCCGCGCUGCGAGUAUGUGCUCACGGGCACGCGCUUCUGCGGCGCGUGUGGCUUCAACCUGCGCGGCACGAGCAACGAGCGGUCCAAGACGGCGCCGCCGCUCACGGCCGCUUCGGGCGACGACGACGACGCGGACGACGACGAGAGCAAUGCGAUGGACGACCUCGACGCGCUCUCGGAGGGCGCGCGCACGCUGCUGCUCGCGGUCAUGCAAAAUCCCAGCGUGCAGCUGGGCGGCGACAGCGAGAACGCGUUUGCGCCUCGCAUUGGAAGCAACCCGUCGCUCGAGACGGCGGCAAACGAGCCGCCGCCGCCGCCGCCGUCGCCGGAGAAGCCUGCACCGCUACGGAUCGCGGCGCCAGAGAAGCCACCGACGCCGGAGAAGCCGUUGGAGAAGCCAUUGGAGACGCCGUCGGCGUUUUUGAUGCGUCCGCCGACACCGCCCAAGCCGUCGGCGGGCAAGAAAAGCGACAGCGACGACGACGACGACGAAGAAUCCAAGGAAGAUUUUUCCAAGUUUCGCACCGCCACCGACUCGUUUGCGUCCAAGCAACGAAAGCAGGCGCCGCGCGCGAGUACUGUACCUGGCCCGACGACCAACGACACGAGUUUUAGCUCGUUUGGCUCGGACCAAGCGCCGCCCCGUCGCAUCUCGCAGCCGAUUCCGAUCGACGGGCCGCAGCCGCUGGGACCGUCGGCGCGCAAGACGGUGGCACAGCUCCUCCGCGAAGCCGAGAGCGACGAAGAGGAAGAGAAGAAGGAGCACGACGAGGACGAUGACGCACCUCGAGGAGACAAACCGGCCGAAGGCUUGUCUCAAUUCCACCUGCGCGGGUCGGCGCGGCAGUUUGAUACCUUGCCGCCCAACGACGACCACGACGAGAUGGCCGCUGCCGUCGUCGCGUCGCCAAGCUCCCGUCACAGUGACGCGCUCGUGCUCGAUGGCGUCGUCGGCCUCGACGAGGAAGCCAAGCCGAAGCUCGACUUGCACACGCUCAUGGAGCGCGAGUUGCACUGCACGCCCCUCUUUGUCCCGUCGGCCGAGUCGCCCGUCCGCUGCCGCCUCUACGCGUCGAUGGCCUACGCCACGUCCAAGAAGAUUCUCGUCUUUUUAUCCGACUCGGGGCCGCUCGGCGUGUGGCAUCAGAACGACGACAUGAACGCCGCGCUCGACGAAGACCACCCGUUUGCGAUGCUGCCGUAUUUCCAGCGUGCCGUCUCGGAAGGCUACAGCGUCGUGGUCUGCAACCCGUUCUCGAACAGCGCCAAGGUGUUUGAAGAAGGCGGCCGCGAGCGCAUUGUGCCGAUCCCGUCGUCCGCAACGCCGAAAGAGCACGUGCUGUUUGUGUGGGAGAAGUUUCUGCAGCCGACCGCGGCCGAGAUCUCGGUCGUCGCGUACCAGCGCGGUGGAUCGCUCGCCGUCGCGCUGCUCGAGCACUCGGAGCGCUGCCGGACGCGCCUCCACCGCAUGGCGUUUGUCGAUUCCAAGCACGUUGUGAACCGCGAGAGCACAAGCGCGGCCGUCCUCGAAGUCCUCGGUCGCCGCACGAUCCAAUGGGAAGCCUCGAAAGACCAAGCGCUCGGCGGCCAGAUCGUCGAGUCGCAGGAGCGCGUCGGCUGCGUCUGCCUCUCGAUCGGUGCGUGCGACGACCUGCACGUGCUGCAGCAGGCCGAGGACCCGGUGUUUGCGUACCUCCUGGCCAACCCGCCGCGCCCGGGCAUGACGGCGAUCGUCAAGCAGGUCCGCAGUGUCCUCCGCGCGCGCCGCAAGACGCUGACGGAAAAGAAGCCCGAGAUGCGCAACUCGAACGUGUUUGUGCUCGGCGAAGCCGACACUGGCAACAGCGACAACAUGAACGACGACGAGCCGUCGCCAGAGAAGGAAAUGCAAGUCGCGCGGCAAGCGCCGGCGCCGCCAACCUACUAUUUGCCCAAGCAGACAGCGGCGGCGCCCAAGUCCAAGACGCACAACAUGAUUUCGAUGCGCGACUUUGAGCUGCUCAAGGUCGUGGGCCAAGGCGGCUUUGGCAAGGUCUUUCUGGCGAAGAAAGUGACGGACCCGCACAAGGAUGAGUGCUAUGCGAUGAAGGUGCUGAAGAAGCAGCACGUGCUCUCGAGCGGCCUCGUCAACACGACGAUGGCCGAGCGCAAGAUCCUCACGGAAAUCUCGCACCCGUUUGUGGUCCAGCUCUACUACGCGUUCCAAUCCGAGUCCAAGUUGUACCUGGUCAUGGACUACCUCAGCGGCGGGUCCCUCGCGCUCCAUCUCCGUCGCCGGCGCAAGUUUCCGGAGGACUGGGCGCGCUUUUACGGGGCCGAAGUGGCCGCCGCAAUCGCGCAUCUACACCACGUCAACAUCAUUUACCGCGACGCCAAGCUCGAGAACGUGCUCAUGGACCACGAAGGGCAUGUGCGGAUCACAGACUUUGGUCUCUCCAAGCAAGGGGUCUCGGGGCUCCAGGGCGCGACGACUUUUUGCGGCACGGCCGCCUACAUUGCGCCCGAGCUUCUCAAGGGCCAGACGUACGGCAAGGCGGCCGAUUGGUGGUCGUUUGGCAUCCUCCUCUACGAAAUGAUUGGUGGCAAGCCGCCGUACUACCACCGCAACCGCGACAUCAUGUUCCAGACGAUCCUCAAGCAGGAGUGGGUGACGUUUACGCCCGAAUUCUCGGACGCGGCCGUCUCGCUCAUCCGCGGGCUGCUGACGCGGGACCCGACGCAGCGCCUCGGCAGUGGCCCGCGCGGCGCCGACGAGGUGCUCACGCACCCGUUUUUCGAUGCGAUCGAGUGGGCUGAGCUCCUCGCGAAGCGCAUCCCGCCGCCGUUCAACCCGGGCGUCGGUCGCCUCGACACGCAUUUCGUGGCGCAAAACCUCAACGAAAUCACGACCCAAGACCGACAGGCGAGCAUGAUGUACCGCAACGACCACGGCCCGCAGCGCCACAACGACUUUGAUGGCUUUAGCUUUGUCGGGCGGUCCAACCUCAAUUUGGACCUGAGCUAAAACGCCCUAGACCGUCAAGAAGAAGAAAAACAUGUUCCUCGUCUCAUUCCUCUGGCAAUUCACCACCGUGUUGGUCAAUAUCGUCUACUAAAAG